CGGAGGAAUGGGAAAACGGAGAGCGCCGCUCUAACAAGAACGAUGGCGAGGUGUCGUUUCCGGAAGUGCAUUGCCGCUCAGCUUUCACAUGUUUUGAAGAUCCCCCCAGAAAGCCUGAUAAAAUCAAUCUCUGCUGUUCCAGUAUCAAAAAAUAGGCAAACUGCUGAUUUCCAAUUUUCUAUGAGUCCUGUAUUAGAUGCAAUUUCUACAAAUUACACAACUUCAGAUAUUAAUCUUCAGGCAGAAGAGCUGGCAAACAAGCUAAAAUGUGAUGCAGUCGUAAGCCAAAUCAGCCCAGGUAAAGGAACGGUAGAUUUCACGAUAAAUCGAGACUUAUUAGCAAAGACAGUGCUGCAGCAAGUAUUUGAAGACGGCUCUGAAUAUGGAAUAAAGAGUGAACUUUUUUCAGACUUGCCAAAAAGAAAAGUUCUGAUUGAUUUUAGUUCACCCAACAUUGCGAAGAAAUUUCAUGUUGGCCACCUGCGUUCUACAUUAAUAGGGAAUUUCAUAGCAAAUAUCAACGAAGCAAUUGGGCAUCAAGUAACAAGAAUCAAUUAUCUUGGAGACUGGGGCAUGCAGUUUGGGCUGUUGGGAGCUGGCUUCCAGUGGUUUGGAUCUGAAGAAAAACUAAAAUCUAAUCCUUUGCAGCAUCUUUUUGAGGUUUAUGUACAGGUCAACAAAGCUUCAGAAGAGGAUGAAAACAUAAAAACUCUGGCACAAGAUUUCUUUAGAAAAUUGGAAGCGCAGGAAGAAGCCGCUGUGUCACUGUGGCAGCAUUUUAGAGAUGUUAGCAUUGAAGAAUAUGCUCGGAUAUAUAAGCGUCUGGGAAUCUACUUUGAUGAAUAUUCUGGAGAAUCCUUUUAUCAAGAAAAAAGCAAAGACGUUCUAAAGAGACUGGAUGCAAAAGGACUUCUUAUGAAAAUAGAAGGAGUAGGAAAAGUUCAACUUUCUGAAACUGGAGACCAGGUUGCUGUGAUGCGAAGUGAUGGAACUUCGCUUUACUUAACAAGAGAUCUUGCUGCUGCUAUAGACCGAAUGGAAAAAUAUAAGCCUGAUGUUAUGUUAUAUGUUACAGAUAAAAGUCAGAGUUCUCAUUUUCAACAGAUGUUCCAGAUUCUGAAAUUACUUGGUUUCAGUUGGGCAGAAAGGUGCCAACAUGUGCCUUUUGGGAGAAUUCAAGGCAUGAAAACUCGACAAGGAGAAGUGAUUUUCUUGGAAGAUGUUUUAAAUGAAACUUGUUCCCUAGUAUUAGAGAGACGUGCCUCAACAAAAACCACAAAAGAAUGUGACAAUCCUCCUGAAACCGCAGAACGGAUUGGGCUCGCAGCACUUAUCAUUCAGGACUUCAAAGUUCUCUUAUCGUCUGAUUAUCGGUUUAACUGGGAUCACGUUCUUCAGAGCAAAGGCGAUACUGGUGUCUUCUUGCAAUAUACACAUGCCAGGCUACGCAGUUUAGAAGAAGUAUGUGGUUCUGUCAAUCAAGGCACUCCCAUGAACCCUGCUUGUUUACAAGAUCCACUAGCAAUAUCCUUACUUCAACAUCUUCUCGGAUAUGAUGAAAUUAUUUACCAAUCUUCACAAGAUCAUCAGCCGAAGCAUAUUGUUAAUUAUCUGUUUAAACUCAGUCAUUUAGUAUCUGCAGCUCAUAGAAAUCUCCCUGUGAAGGGCAGCCCUCUGGAACUCGCUCAGGCAAGGCUCUGCCUUUUCCACGCUGCUCGGUCUGUUCUAGCCAAUGGAAUGAAGCUUCUAGGAAUCACACCUGUAGAUAAAAUGUAAUGGGGCAAUUUCCUUGAUGCUUUUCCUGUGUAUCGCUUAUGAAGAUUACCUGAUCUCUGACUUGGACGUCGUGGUCUUUCCAAAGUAAUGGAAAUGUUCGGAAGCCCCUGUGACAUGAAUUUCUCUUUUCUAUAAUAAAGCCAGUUCCAGGUUUUAUUGGUA